AAAGUCUGAACACCUCCUGCUGCUCCGGAGAGGAUGCGGUAGAAGAGCUAAAAUAUACUCCACAAGGUACUUCUAAAGACUUAACCGCAGACAGUCAAGAUGACGGCAAUUGAAAGUAAAGAAGAGAUCAGUGACACUGACAGUGGGAUUAUCGUGCACUCUGGUCCAGACAGCCCCACGUCUCUGGUUAAGGACCUGACCACCAACACCAGAGCUCUGAAGCUGAAGCACCAGUCCCUGGAGGAGCGUCUGGAGCUCUGCCUGCUGGAGCUCAGGAAGCUCUGCAUCAGGGAGGCAGAACUGACUGGCAAACUGUCCUCAGACUAUCCUCUAAUGCCCGAUGAGAAGCUGCCCCGGGUCAGAAGAAGGAUUGGAGCCUCCUUCAAGCUUGACGAAGGUCUGAUCCAUCUGGAUAAACAGGAUUCAGAGUUGCAAGUGCUGGAAACUGACUUGGCUCUUCAGCGACAGAUUUAUGAGGCGGCCCGCAAACUCUCUCUUGAGGAGAACCUCAGUAAACCACAGAAGAAGAGCCGGCUGCAGCAGUGCAAGAGGGAGGAGAAGAAGGUGAAGGAGCUGCAAAAGGCUGUGUCUCAGCACAGGAUCAAGAGUGGGUGCAACUCCCCGUGCAUCAGCAUCUCAGCCAGCCAAAACAAAGAUCUGUGUAUGUCUGAUGACAGCUCCCUGUCUGAUGUGGUGGCCCUGGAUGAUGAUGUAGAUUCGCCCAGCCCUCUCUCUCCCCCAGUGUUGGGCACUUCCUAUUCAGACCCCCUCCAGCUGUCAGCCACGACCCUUCAGUCAUCAAGCCAGCUCAGUGUGGAGUACGAGCGCUCUCCCAUCCAAAACUCUCCAUGGAAGGAGUCUAGUCUGGAUCAGCCUUACCAGAAGGCCACAAAACCUCUGUCUGCGUGCAGCAGCAGGUCCAGUAGUCCGGCAGGAACCCAGGUGUCUGCAGAGAGCAGCAUCAUUCCUCUGUCUCAGUUUAUAAAGAACACCGCCCUGCGUCACAGCCACUCCACCAGCGCCCCCUCCACUCCAGAGCUGCACGUACGCCGACAGUACUCGCAGUCCUUCAGACUUCCCAAAAGUAAGCCAUCUGCUGACACGGAGCACCUCAGCUCAGAGAACAAUCGGGGGCGAGCCCGGCUGCCCCAGCGGCGCUGCGUGGCUGACUUCAAGGUGCGUUCUCCAGAGUACUCUCCCUUGCGCCCUUACCAGUCCAGUUCGGAGGACAGCAGCUCGGAGCACUCGUCCUCCUCGUAUAUCAGCUCUCCUGGCAGAGACGGACCCACUGAGAUCCCGAAGCUCUGCCCGCCGCCUUAUGGAUUCCACUUUGGAGCACAAAAGAAAGGGGUCUCCAGUUUCUCCAGCCCACACAAGAACACCAACCAGUCCAGCCCCGGCUACGUCAGGUCAGUGACAGAAGAUGGGCCCCUCUCCCCUCAAGACCUCGAUAUAGGAAAGUGCUUCCUGUCCUCCCCUCCUGUGGUGGCGCACAGUCCUCAGCAAAGACAGUGGCAGGAGGGAGCGUCAUCUCCGAGGAGAAUCCUAAAGCCCCCUCCACCUUACACUAGGCUGGUGCGAACGCCCUCACUGAAGGAGUAUCCAAACCACGCCAUCAGGCUGAUGCCCAGGGAGAUUGUGUCGGAGGAGUUGAAGUCCUGGCAUCAGAGGAAUCAGCUGCAGAAGUUACGGGCGAGCUGCGUGGAUCAGCAGAGCCCCCUGAGUGUCAAGAGUCCUACUUCACCUCACCUUCCUCCAUUUACACAGGGUUUGGGUAAUGUGAUCCUCCAGAGAGCUGCAGACGGGACUCCGGUGCAGUGGUUCGUUGCAGAAGAUGCUGAAAUUGUGAGCCAGGUGUAACCUUUACUUUCUGCUCCUCUGCAGUAUGUUCAGUAGGAUGUGUGUUAUUCCUCUUUAUUUAUCUCUGUAUUUAUUAAGGCUCUCUGUGAGAUUGUAUGUUGACAUGAUGCAGAAAACGUGGAGCUGUGGGCACCUCGAUGAGCACAUUUCUCUCAUCUUUUAAUUUAAAACUUAAUGUAAUUUAUUUUGAACUGUUUUCUAAUAGAUGCUUCUAAAAUCCCUGAGGUGAAUUUAGGUUCAUACAAAAAUGGUUUUUUAAACAAACAUGCUGUGGUUUCAAGAACCUCUCUGUGUCUGGCACACAUUUUGCACAUAAAAUUAAUCUGCAGUAGUUUUCAAAUACAUUUUUCCGGUCCUAAUAUAAUUAUUGAUGUCCUUCUAUAUUUAUCUGUUGAAGUUUCUCUUUUUCAACAUGAAGAACCAUUGCUAAAAUGUUGUUACACCUCUAAAAAUGAGUUGCUCUUCCUUAUAUAGUUAAAAUUUAACAUCUAGCCAUGACUUGAAGUGAGCUGAAUUUUAACGUUUGCUGUUAACUCUUAAUAAUUAAUCACUGAUGCCUUUAACGGUGGUUUGAUGAAUGUUUUCACUGCAGUAUGGUGUUUUCUUACUAACCAAGAUUGUAACCACUGAUUGUAUCAGUUUUGAUAUGUUUUGUAUAUUUAUAAUUAAAAAAAUA